UGCGUCACUUCGCGACACAAAGAAAACAUCAACAACCGAAAUUUAUAUUUUGAAUUCAAAUUGUUGAACCCUCGAUCGGAAAGGAAAUCCAUGAAAUGUUUAUAGAUUGUUGUGUAAAUAAAUGCAUUGUUUAAUAGUUUUAUUUGCAACAUGUCGCUCGAACUGUAAAUCAUUAGUAUCAUGACACACCGAUUGUAAAAACAUCCUUUUACUUUGAGUUUGGAUUUCGCGAAACAAACACGCAUCACGAUGUAUCGCUUGUGUUUUAUCGUGGUUCUUUUAUAUGUGUCUGAUUGUGAUGGUUCAGCUCAACAAUGUAGGAAUGAUAGAGGCGACCCAGUUGACUGGUUUUACAUAUACAAGUUACCUAAAGAAAAGAAUCAUUUAAAUCCCCUGGUCCGGAAAGGGGUAGCCUACAUGUACCUGACUCCGUCACAACUGCGCCAAGGUUGGAUCAUGUCCGACUUGUCCAUUGCCAAUCCCAACUCCAUGUUGGGCAGGACACUGCAGCCUAUGUACCAGUCAAAGAACACUAUGACCGUUUUGUACAACGACCAGCCACCAUCUAAUGAGAAUGCGCCAGAUAUUCUGCAAAAUGUAGCUGAAAUGUAUUCAAAGCGUAAAAAAGGUCAAAUGAAGUUCACGGAACCUUCAGUAAAGAAGUACAAGAAGUUUAAGCUGGGCGACAAGUAUUACGACGACUACGACCUGGCCGAGAUGUGCAAAAUGCACACUAAAUUCCUGAAGAAUAGGGUCGAGAAAGGCCACACGAAGGGCGUGAUUAUGGGAGACAAGUUUACCUCGCUGUGGCUGGUGCAUUCUGUGCCGAGGUUCCCUCCGGUGCCUGAUGGUCGCGGCAUGAACCUGACCAGCUACAGCUACCCACAAACCGGUACGAAGUAUGGACAGUCGAUGCUCUGCAUGUCGGUUCAAACCGCCACCGUAAACCAGAUAGCCAAGCAGCUGAAAUACAACGAGCCGCUGGUGGUUUACAGCCAAAUACCUACGGAAUACGAGAAUGAGCUAUCGACGUUGGUUGAGGUGGUCAACAAUAAGACUGUUGACGCUUCUCCUUGGUACCACAUAGAGAGCUUCGAAACCCUAGCCGGACGCAAGUUCCUCUCGUUCGCGAAGAGUGCCAUGUUCAACGACGACUUAUACAGUGGCUUAGUGGCCGAGGUUUUGCAGUCAGACUUGCUGGUGGAGUCCUGGACUAAUGGGCCUGGCACCUUGGACUCGGAGUGCAAUAGGAACUUUCAAGUGCGGAACAUAGAGCGCCUAAAGUUUCCCCUGGCUCGUAUGUCUUUCACGUCUCACCACGACCACUCGAAAUGGACGGUCGCCGUCGCGCACAAGAUGCACAACAGCCAGGACACCAAGGUGGCUGACUACUGGGUCUGCGUGGGAGACAUCAAUAGGGCGUUACCACAAGAAUCCCGGGGCGGCGGGACCGUUUGUACUUCGGGACCGAUUUUAUGGGGAAAUUUCGCUCAUUUAAUUGAGUCAGUCCAAUCAUGUUGAUUCUAAUCUACUUCUUAGGUAAUGAAUUGAAUUCAUUAUGUCACCCACAAAAGAACUCUGUGAAUGCGUUCUUUUGAAGUUACCAUGUGUUUUUGUCUCAACAUAGAGUACAAUAAAAAACUUAAUACGAUCAUAUUGACAUGCCAUUACUAAUAUACAAACGGAAUAAGUUCAAUUAUAAUGAUCGGUUUUAGUAACAAUGUACUUAAAGGUAAAACUAUUCGAAACGUUACUGUGAAAUUCCAAUCAGUUCUAGUAUUAAUGUAUAUUGUGGAUUCAUGUAGCGGUUUUUACAGCUAGAAUGCGCUAUAUAUAUAUAUAUGUUUUGUUCUUAUGAUUUUCCAAUUUGACAUUGAUUUAACAAUCUUGUUACUGCGAGAUAAGUAUGUACUGAGCAAUGCUUCGCCAUUUAGAAGUUGCUCUUCAGUAUAUUAACUAUUGUAGUUCUUGUUACGCGUGAAUUAUGUACCUUAGGUAGUCCAAAUACUAGUUCAAUCUUUAUUGUGUUCAAAUACCUACGCAAUUCAUAACAAAUAUUAUUUAUUAAUUUCUCGAAAAGGCUCUUUUUAUUAGCCAUUUAGAGUAUCUGUGAUCAACGUUGUGAGUUAGUAGGUACCUAAUAUUAUUAAAACCAAAGUUAAGAGAAUGCAAUACCUUAUAUACUUUUAUUUUAAGGGCCAUCUUGUUUCAUUUUUUACCGCUUUAUCUACUCUUGUGGAUUUUUAAGUAGUCUUUUAUACCUUACACAGUACCUAAAAAGUCUAUUGACGACGCGUUUACAC